AAAGCCAUGAUGGUCCCCCUCAGCGAGUACAGGAGCGGUUGGUCUCCUCUCUUCCAGAAAGCCAUGAUGGUCUUCCUCAGCGGGUACAGGAGCGGUUGGUCUCCUCUCUUCCAGAAAGCCAUGAUGGUCUCCCUCAGCGGGUACAGGAGCGGUUGGUCUCCUCUCUUCCAGAAAGCCAUGAUGGUCUCCCUCAGCGGGUACAGGAGCGGUUGAGGGAGCUGCUGCGUGUUCUCAAGUCCGUCAUCGGCAAACACCAGACCCUCAACUCUGUAGACAUCCUCAGGGCUGCCGGCACCGUCAUCGCUAAGGUCAAAGGCGUUAACUUCAAGGAAGUGAACCAAGAAAACAAAAACGCUAUAUUUGGCGACAUAUAUGCGUCCAUUGACACUUUGGCAUUCACAUUUGGAAAUGUAGUGUCUGACUUCCUUAUGGGAGAUGUGGACAGCCAACCAGGGUUGGGGAUCCCCCAGAGAAGCAGGUCUUUUGAGAACCUCUCUGCGUAUUCUGGGGGGUAUGUUCCAGAGAAGAAAGGCCUUGUGGGCCCAGAGGUGGCGCUGUCUAAAGAGGAGGAGGUUGACGUGAUGCUGCAGAAGAACGACAGUGGGGUGGAGUCAGUUCUGCUCUAUGCCAAGGCGUGGUCCAAGUACACCAAGGAUCUGCUGGCCUGGGUCGACAAACGCCUGGGACUGGACAUUGAAUGUGCCAAAAGUUAUGCCAAAAUGGCAGAAUCUGCGAAGACGCUCGCGAGUCAACAGGACUACAUGCCGUUCAGAGAUAUCUAUAUUUCCACGUUUAAGAAUGACAUCGAGUACAGCCAACUCCUCCUGCAGACUGCCACCGCCCUGCAGACCAACAAAUUCAUACAGCCGCUGUUGGCCAGAAAGACUGAGCUGGACAAACUGAGGAAAGACAUCAAGGAGCAGUGGCAGAGAGGGCAGAAGAAAAUGCAAGAGUCUGAGGUGGCGCUGCGUAAGGCCCGGUGGACCCAGGAGCAGAGGAGAGACGAGUACCAGAAGGCCCACUCCUCGGCCAGCCGCUCCCAGGAGGAACAGUCCAAACAGCUGGACAAGAAGCGGAAACUGGAGGAGGAGGCUCUACAGAAGGCUGAGGAAGCGCAGGACCAGUACAGAGCGUGUGUAGCUGAUGCAGGAGCCAGGAGGACAGAGCUGGCCAACACCAAGACAGACAUCCUCACUCAGAUCAGAGAACUGCUGGCUCAGUGUGACCUCACACUCAAAGCUGUGACAGUGAACUGGUUCCAGCUGCAGCAGGCCCAGACCGUUUCUCUCCCCGUCCACUACCAGGCCCUGUGUGAGAGCGCUAAGAUGUACGAGCCAGGACAGAGAUACGCUGAGUUCGUCCGUAACCUGCCCAAAGAUCGGAUACGCACGGAGUCCUUCUCCACCGAUGAACGGUUUCCUGUGUUCAACAAGCUUUCAAUGGGCAGCACCAGUUCCCAUAGUAACCUGUCCCAGGUGUCCCUCAUCUCCGGUGACGUCCUGAGUGGGGACGAGGUGGAUAGUCCUCUGGGGUCACGACCUGGGAAGAGGUCCAACAGUGCCACAGACAUACAAGGUCUGAGAGGGGGCCAGGGCCCGUUGAGAGCCUGGGCAUCAUGUAGUCAGGACAGAGGGAUGUGUAGUGACUCAGAGAGUGCUGGAGGCAGCAGUGAGUCCCAAUCCAUGGACUCCCCAACAGCCAGCCCAGGUGACUUUAAACGCAGACUACCCAGAACCCCCUCCACUGGCACUAUGUCCUCAGCAGACGACCUGGACGAGAGACAGCCACCUUCACCCUCAGACAACGGUCUGGGUGAGAUGGUGACAGAGACAGCCAGUUCCCCAGGUCCGUUUCGUAACGCCCAGAUGUCCAAGGCGUCUCAGACACACAAGCUGAGGAAACUCCGAGCUCCGUCUAAGUGCAGGGAGUGUGACAGUCUGGUGGUGUUCCACGGAGCAGAAUGUCAAGAGUGCUCCCUGGCGUGUCAUAAGAAGUGUCUGGAGACCCUGGCUAUCCAGUGUGGUCAUAAGAAACUGCAGGGAAGACUACAUCUGUUUGGGAUAGACUUUUCCCAGGCAGCUAAGAACAGCUCAGACGGGAUCCCCUUCAUCAUCAGGAAGUGUACCUCCGAGAUAGAGAGCCGCGCCCUCAACCUCAAGGGAAUCUACCGCGUGAACGGGGCCAAGUCUCGCGUGGAGAAGCUGUGCCAGGCGUUUGAGAACGGCAAAGACCUGGUUGAGCUCUCUGACCUCUCACCCCACGACAUCGGCAACGUGCUCAAACUCUACCUGAGACAGUUACCAGAGCCACUGAUCCUGUACCGUUACUAUAAUGAUUUCAUCGGGCUGGCCAAGGAGAGCCAGGCGGUGAUCAUAGAGGAGAAGGCUGCAGCCAGGGCCCUCCAGACCCAUACCCAGAGCCAGGGGCAGCCAGGGGGAGAACAACCCAGACCAGGAGGCACUCAGCCUGGGGUAGAGGGAGAGCAGCCUCCCCUGAGAACCAGCCAGCCUGGAGGAGAGCUGUCCAACCAGCCCAGUAUCAAACUCAACAGAGUCCUGUUUAAGAUUAGAGACCUGUUACGACAGCUGCCUCCUGCACAGUACAGGGCCCUACGCUUCCUCACAGCACACCUACACAGGGUGACAGAGCAGGCGGAGGAAAACAAGAUGACAGCCAGUAAUCUGGGCAUUAUCUUCGGCCCUACGCUGGUCAAACCACGACAUACUGACGCAGAGGUCUCCCUGUCUUCUCUGGUUGACUACCCCUACCAGGCACUGAUGGUGGAGUUGCUGGUACGCCACUUCCACAUGAUCUUUGACUUGCCUCCUCCUCCCACCCCCACCACCACCUCCACGGUGGGCCGGGCCUCCCCCCGACUCACCUCUCAGGAGAAGGAGCAGAGACUCAGCCGCCACUCCACCUCCCUGCUCGACAUCAAGGAGAGCGCCAAAGUCUACAAGAGGCACUCGUCGGUCAUCCAGCCCUCUCAUACCCUGGAUGAGGUGAGAGAGGGGAAGACAGACAGGACGGGACCAGACAGGACGGGACCAGACAGGACAGGACCAGACAGGACAGAGUUAACAGCCAUGGAGAGACUCAAUGGUGUCGGCUCCUCCUCCUCUGCUGCUGGUGCCGCCUCGGUCCAGAGAUCUACCCUGGUGUUUGGCCGUCCCAGCCUCAACUCCUCCUCCUCUACGGCCCCGAGGGUCCAGCUCCGCCCCCAGCGCACUAGAAUGGUGUCUCGGCCAAUCAGCAUGCCCCUGGAGCGUUUGCCCCUCCCCACCCCCUCACAGGUCGUCGACAGAAACAGCCGUAACGCCAACGCUGCCAUCACGUUGGAUCUCACCGCUGACACCAUCAUGGAGUCAGCCGAGCCAGAGAAGCAGAAGGAGGCUGAGAAGCCUCGGAUUGGUGGGGGGUCAAGGGUCAGUACCUAUUACAUCACACCCUUCAUCGACACCCAGCAGGCCGUGCAGCGGAAGACCUGGGACAGGAAGUACAAACACUAUGACGUCACGCCGCGCACCGCCAAGAUCGUGGCUAAUUUACCGCCGGCCGGUACGGGCCCCGGGACACAACCGGGGAAGCAGCUGAAGAUGCCGACACAACUGUCCAUAUCUGGGCCGACCAGCUCUGCUCUCCCAUCCAGUAGUAGUGUCAGCACCAUAUUCCCCAACAGCCCUUCCACCGUGUCGGCGAAGGCUGGCCAGACGUCCAGAGGAGACAGAGAGGAGACUAUGAGUAGGUCUAACUCUGCUGCUGGAGGUGGUCGGGGGGAGACUAGAACCUCUACCAACUCUUCCAUAACGUUCAGACAACCACGGACUCUGCAGCCUCCACCCGGAACCUUCUACAAGCCUCCUGGUUCUUCAUGCGCCAGAGGCUGGCUGUCAUCAAGUACCUCUGGGACCACUAGCCCCACCAAUACCUCCCCAACUUCUCCUACUGUUAAAACCUCCCCAACUUCUCCUACUGUUAAAACCUCCCCAACUUCUCCUACUGUUAAAACCUCCCCAACUUCUCCUACUGUUACUGCUCCUCUCCUCCUCUCUUCCUCCCAUUCCUCCAGCAUUACUUUCUCCUCUUCUCCUGUGGAUACCACCACCAUCCCCUCCCCCCAGCGGCCCGGAAGAGCCCAGCCCGACCGAGGUCAUACCGCUGCAACAAAGACUGAGACCCCGGGCCAGACCCAGCUCGCACCUGCAGGAGCUUGA